UCCACCAUCACUCACUCUUUUAUCUGCUUUGUCGCUUCACGAUAAGCCACUCGCUAUACACGAUAUACACGAGCAAUGGCACCGAGCUUGCAGCAUCCACCUGGCGUGACCUUUAUAGAUGACAAGGCUGGCUAUGUCAAUGAUGAUGCCGCGACGUACUAUGGCAGCGGAGAGUACUUUAGUCGUGCGCGUACUUAUUCGAAUUCAUAUCUUCAUGGCUUCAAUCCUGUCCGACGACCAGCGUUCCAAGAAGAGUUGCAUUCUCGUUCUCGACGCUUGUCUCAUGACGAGAAGCCCUCUGCACCACGCCGUUACCUCAUUGACGUCGAAGAGACCAUUCGCGUUAUUCUCGAGCAGGAGGACACAGACGGUGACUUCCAGAUCAGCAUCACCGACGCAGGCCCAAAGAUUCUGGCCCUCGGCACUGCUACGAGCAAUGGUUUCAAGAGCUUUGACAUUCGGGGCACCUACAUGCUGUCAAAUCUCUUGCAGGAACUGGCACUCGCGAGGGACCAUAAUCGGAAGCGCAUUGUUCUCGACGAGGCACGGCUGACGGAGAACCCUGUCGAUCGACUUUCUCGCAUGAUUAAGUUCUCGUUCUGGCAUUCGUUGACUCGCAGAAUUGACGGAGACGGCUUGGAGAUUAUCUGCGCUGAUCCGAAGAACCGUACAGGGCGUAUGAACCCGCGCAUCUACAUUCCUCACGGUGAACCCGAAAUGGCGGAAUACUAUAGGAGAGUAGCUCAGGAGAAGCCGCAUUUGAAUUUGGACGUCCAGGUCCUCCCGCCCAAACCUGACGAUCCAGCAUUUGUCAAGAGCUUGAAUAACAAACCAGGCAUUCUUGCCCUUGCCAUGGAACAUGUUGAUGAUGGGAAGGGCGGAUUGACUCUGAAGGGGAUCCCAUUCAUUGUUCCCGGUGCCAGAUUCAACGAGUUGUACAACUGGGAUUCAUACUUUAUCUCCUUAGGACUGCUCGUUGAUGGUCAAGUAGCAAUGGCGAAGGGUAUGGUAGAUCACUUCAUCUUCGAAAUCAAGCACUACAACAAGAUAUUGAAUGGCAGCCGAAGCUAUUACCUCUGUCGCACCCAGCCACCGUUCCUUACCGAUAUGGCUCUUCAGAUCUAUAACCAGCUUGAUCGCUCCAACAUGGAAGCAAACCGUGCAUGGCUGAAACGCGCAAUCCAGGCUGCCAUCAAGGAAUACCACACAGUCUGGAUGGCGGAGCCGCGCCUUGACCCAAAGACUGGUUUGUCCCGCUUCCGCCCCGGCGGUCUUGGUAUUCCUCCUGAGACAGAAGCAACCCAUUUCACUCAUAUCCUUGAACCCUACGCGCAAAAACAUGGUCUUUCGGUUCUGGAAUUCAGUGAAAAGUACAACAAUGGCGAGCUGCAAGAACCUGAGCUUGAUGAGUAUUUCUUGCACGACCGGGCGGUACGCGAAAGUGGACAUGACACGACGUAUCGAUUGGAGAAGCGAUGCGCAAACCUUGGCACGGUUGACUUGCAAGCGUUACUGUACAAGUACGAGAUCGACAUUGGGACUGCUAUUGCCGAGGUGUUUGAUGAUGAGCUCGACAUUGAAGAAGAUUUCGCGCUUUCUCCAUUCCCUAUAACUCCUGAGGCAUUCAAGGAUCCAAGCAGACGAAGGUCAACUACUAAACCUCAGACGAGUGAAGAGUGGUUCAAGCGUGCUGAAUUCCGGAAGGAAAUUAUAGACAAGUAUCUCUGGAACGAAAGCAAGAGCCUGUACUUUGACUAUGACACCGUUCAGCAGAAGCAGAGUCUAUACGAGAGUGUUACGGCGUUUUGGAUGCUUUGGGCAGGCGCAGCUGAUGAGGAGCAAUGCUGGAAGCUUGUGGCCCAUUCCUUGCAGAAGUUUGAGGUCAUUGGAGGUCUGGUGUCUGGAACUGAAGAAUCGAGGGGAAAGAUUUCAAUUGACCGCCCGAAUCGUCAAUGGGAUUUCCCGCCGCCUCACCAGAUCAUGGCAUGGGUGGGAUUGGAGCGCUAUGGGUAUCUGGAAGACGCACAACGAUUGGCGUAUCGAUUCUUGUACAUGAUGACAACUGCAUUCGUCGAUUUCAACGGCGUCGUACCUGAGAAGUUUGAUGCGGUCAAAUUAUCUCACCUCGUCGACGCAGAGUAUGGGAACCAGGGUAUUGAUUUCAAGAUGGUCCCCCGUGAAGGCUUCGGCUGGAUGAAUGCUGCAUACCAGGUGGGGUUGUCUUUCCUGACAACGCACAUGCGUCGCGCUGUGGCUGCCUGCACGAGUCCGGAGGUAUUCUUCGGUGGUUCCAAGGCCGCUGACGUUGUGCCGCAGGCUCGUGACAAGACAGAUGCUCUUGGACUGGCAAUGGAGGCGCUCACGAUGUCUAACCCAUCUUGAGUUUAUGCGCCGCACUACCUACCUUUCCGCCUAUUUAUGUUGCGUGACAUACCGGGACUUAGAUUUUCCAACGUUCACUAGUUCCUCCGCAUGCCUAAUUUGAUCAUAGACGUAUAGAGUCAAUCGUGUCGAAUGGUUUUUAUUUUACCACAAUCCCUUUUCUAGACGUCCACUUUGCAUAGCAGUCCUUUUAAAUUACAGAUAUCGUACAUCAUCACGCUUUUCCUAGCACUCCACUCCGUCCAUCAUAUGUUCUUGCACAUCUCUAGCCAUUUCCCAGUAGCUUAAAAGCAUUUAUAAGUAAUGUACGUUGAGUCGGAUCC